AUGGAGAACGCUGCUGAUCUACCGCAACCGCAAGAAGGCGCAUCAGCGCCUUCGCCUGAUUCGGUCCCAUCGACGGCCCCCCCUGCGUACGACACGAUGUCGGCUGACGAGCUGUACGAGUUGGGCAAGCGUAACUUCAAAGAGCUGCGGGACUACGCUGAAGCCGCUGAAUGCUUUUCGCGCUGUUUGGAGUUGAGGAGUUCGGGGAACCCAUUAGACCACCAGCUACGGGAGUGCUAUCUGUGGUACGCGGAUUCCCUGCUGACCAAAGAGGAGGAGAACCAGGCCAUGUUCCCAUCCGAUGUUGAUGCAGGUGCGUUGGAGUUGCCAGAUUCUUCACUUCCCGCAGGAAAUGAGGGCGACCUUCCCACUGCGGAGAGCAUUUUGAAGGGCGCCACCGAGGAGGCGAGCGACGAAACGCUGGCCUUCGAAGCAUUCCAGAUUGCCUUUGCAUGCUACAGCAGCUUCUUGAGCAGUUGCACUCUGCAGGGUGCCGAGCUGGAGAAGGAAGUGCUCGACGCGUCGUACUGCCUAAUGCGCCUGGGUGACAUGCUCUUCACCAACAACCAGUUCAAGGAGGCUGCGGAGGAGUACGAGCGAGCCGUGGAGUUGCGCCGCAAGUACCAUUUGGGCGAACGCCACCUUGCGUCGCUAUACGUGUCGCUGGCGCAGUGUCAGAUGUUCAGCGGCAACUUGAGCGUCUCACUGGACACGUUCAACAUGGUCAAAGAGCUGAUUGGACGGCUUUUAGUGGGGGAGAUGGACGAGGCUGAACGCAAGCGUAUGCAAGACACCCUGGAGGAUGUCGACCUUCAGAUCAAUGACCUGCGUAAGCUUAUAGCCUCGCCUCCGGCACAAACAGCUCGUCCCGGCAGCCAGUGCGAGGCUGCAUCCCUAGUGCCACAGACUACGGACACAUUCGACGAGCGAAAACUAGACACCGCGUCAAAGUCUGCUGUGAUCAACAUUUCCGAGAAUACCACAGGAUCCAAACGCCGUAUCGACAUCUCGGGGAUGUACAAAUGA